CAGUACUCAGUGCGACCAAACGUAUGUCGUUUUGUUGAAUGGUGUGAAAACUGGAAAACUUCACAGUUCACAGCGCCUCUUGGCAUUACUAACAAUAAUAUAUUACAAUUGUAGGUUUUGAUUUAAUAAAAUUAAGAAAUUACACACGUUCAAGUGAAGAGCUUAGUGAUCUAUCCAGAAAAUCUAACCUAUCAAAAUGGCUAUGUCAAAGUCUACCAACACAUACAAUCGCCAAAACUGGGAGGAUUCUGACUUUCCAAUAUUGUGCCAAACCUGCCUUGGUGAUAAUCCAUACAUUCGAAUGACCAAGGAGAAAUAUGGCAAAGAGUGUAAAAUUUGUUGCCGUCCAUUCACUGUGUUCAGAUGGUGCCCAGGUGCAAGAAUGCGUUUUAAGAAAACUGAAAUUUGCCAAACAUGUUCCAAACUGAAGAAUGUGUGUCAAACAUGUUUGUUAGACUUGGAGUAUGGUUUGCCCAUACAAGUUCGUGAUGCUGCAUUAAAGGUCCAAGAUGAUUUACCUCGUAAUGAAGUCAAUAAGGAGUAUUAUAUCCAAAACUUAGAUAGUCAAAUGUCAAAGUUUGAUCCCACACAACCUAGUAACUCAGCACUUAAAUCAAAAGGCACUUCAGACCUGUUGUUAAGAUUAGCCCGAACUGCUCCAUAUUACAAGAGAAAUAGGCCACAUGUGUGCUCAUUUUGGGUGAAGGGUGAAUGUAGGAGAGGUGAGGAAUGCCCAUACAGACAUGAAAAGCCAACUGAUCCUGAUGAUCCACUUGCUGAUCAAAACAUUAAAGACAGGUACUAUGGAGUUAAUGAUCCAGUGGCUGAGAAAUUGAUGAGGCGCGCAGCAGCAAUGCCAGCACUGCCUCCGCCAGAAGACAACACAGUGACCACACUUUAUAUUGGUAACCUGCCGGAAAUUAUCUCUGAGGAGGAGCUGAGAGGACAUUUCUAUCAAUAUGGGGAGAUAAGACAACUAACACUUGUAUCUCGGGCACAGUGUGCCUUUGUCCAAUACACUACUCGAAGUGCAGCAGAGCAUGCAGCUGAAAAGACAUUUAACCGGCUUGUCAUAAGUGGAAAGAGGCUCUCUAUUAAGUGGGGUAAAUCUCAGGGUCGUCAAGGGUUGACUGAUAAGAAUGAGAUGCUGCCGCCAUUGGAGCCGGUCCCCGGGUUGCCUGGUGCACUGCCACCGCCGCCUGCCUUCCUCCAUCCAUUUCCACCACCUCUGCCGCCGCCCACUCGCCCCAACGACUUCUUCAACCUGCAGCACUUCGGCGCGUGGGGCGGCUGGGGCGCCCCUCCCGCCCCGCCGCUGCCGGCGCCCCCCGCGCCCCCGCUGCACUACCCCAGCCAGGACCCCGCGCGGCUCGGUGCGCACGCGCAUGCUAACGCGCCACAGACCUAGCAUCACCAUUUUCUGUAUACAAUAAUAUUUAAAUAGUUUGAAAUGACCAAAAAAAAUUGGCUACAAAGAAUAGUGUAACGGCCAUUCCCAAUAUUCAGUCUAUGUGUCAGUCUCAGUGUUAUGACAGAUUUUACGAGAUUUUGUGAAGUCCUUGAACUACUUAGUUUUUGAAACUUCCGAAAGAUCAAACUAUUGACAAUUCUGUGGCUCGCCGAUAUAUUAAGGUUUAUUCUGCAUUUCUCUACUUAUAUUAUAUCAAGGUUUCAAUAUAAUAAUAAUCAAAUAUUUUGUAUUUGUGGUUGUAUGGAUGUUUGUAUGCAAACUCAAAAAUCUGUUUGACCACGUGUAAAAAUUCUUUCACCAAUAGAAUAAGUAUGUAAUUGAUAUAUCAAUGGUAGACUUAUAUAAUGAAAGCAUAUAUUUUCUUUUAAUAAAAUACAGAUAAAUCCUUAGUCAAUUGCAAUAAUGUAAAAAUAGGUAAUCAUUAUAGACAAUGUUACUUUUACACUAUUAAAUUUUAAAAUGAGAGUUAGGUACAUUUAAACUAAGCCUGUACGAAAUCGGAGAGACUAGUGACAUAUUAAAUAAUAAUUGUUAUAAGAUCUAUGAGAAAAUAUUCUGAAAUGUAAUUUCUAGCUUUACCGUCAUUAUUUGCUUCAGUAACGGCCGUUCCCAAUAUUCAGUCUAUCUCUUACUUGAGAUAAAAAUCUUAACUAUCGUUGACUUUUCUUGUCCCGAUAAACUUAUCGAUGGUAACUCACCUUAUCCGUGCACGCUGUCUGUCAAGGGGACGACGUAUAACUUACCAGCGAUAUAAAGUUUGUAUGUAAAUUGCAAUUCACGCGUCCCAAUAUAAGGCGAUAAGAAUGACUUAUCGGGUAUAUUGAGACAGCUUCAGAUUAUUGACAGCUAAUUACUGACAGUAGAAGGUAGUAAUUUAUCUCUAUCUGUAGAUAUUAUAUUGGCAACGGUCGGAAGAGAUCAUAAAUCGUGUGCUGUUUUUGUCAAUAGUAGGGAUCCUAUAGGUAACGGAAGGGAGUUGCCCGGGGCCAACCAGGAGACCAAAUUCACCGAGUCACCUAUCAAUAACAUGACAAUUCAUAAGAAUUGUACACACACCGUAACACUAAUUGUUUGUAAAUAGUUCACUAUUUUCGCGGGAUACAUUUUUUAUUAUUGUUCUUUAUUUUUUUUCAUAAAUAUCUUCAGUAAUGGUAACUGAUGAACCAAUUUUUUAGUCAUUUUAAAGUAACGGUGAAUGAUUAUGCUCUUGUGUGCGAUACUUUAGUCCUUUAGUGUGCAUGCGAAAUCUGUUCGCAUUUCUGUAAAAUGAAGAACUGUUUUUACGAGACAAAAUAACGUAAGGUUAUAUUAGUAUAAUAUUAAAUAAUUAUUUUAAACGUAAAAUAAGAUCUAAACUGGUUUUUCUCAGCAACAAAAAUAGUCAGUCAUAAAAGAAUUUUAAAUGUUACUUUUCUUUAGAUGAACAAACUGACGGAUAUCUAUUGUCUUAUUAUGUGUAUGUAUAGAUGAUAAAAUAUCAUUUAAAUUCCAUUUAUUUGGUUACCUUUUUUCCGUAGUGUGUGAGUUGGACGUGACAGCUUCAGUUAACUGAGCACUGAUGUCUUCUCAGUCCCAGAUUCUUUAUUCACAGUUGCUUUCCUGUCCACUUUUUUUUCGGCUUUUAUUCAGUCAGAAUUCUCAUUUAUUAAAACAAUAUCUGAUACAGUUCUAUGUACAUAACAUAACAUACAGCUUAUUAUUAUACAGACAGUCAAGGCAAUAUAAAACAUUUAUUACGGCCUACGGGUGACAGACAGAAGCAAAAAGUGACUCGAUCAGAACACAUUGCCAUGUUAUUGUCAGAUGCUUAGAUAAUUUAUACGUUUCUAGAUAGAGCCUCUUGCUGCUACAAAACCGAUGAAAACAGGCCAGAAUUAUUCCUGUAGUGUUCGUGAUAAGUUACGUCUUACACUCUCGAUUUGUAUGACACUUUGUUAGUGUGUGUGCAUAGCUCAAAAUUGAGGUCAACCUCAAAAUUUUUGGACGUUUUCACAGCGGUCACAGUAUUUAUUCUAGUUUCUACACGAAUAAUUAAUAAUCUAAGGUCAGAUGGUGUCGUUCCUUCACUUAAUCCCAUAAAAAUAUCUUAUUUUAGUCAUUUGUCUGACGCGUUACGAGAUGCUUAUCGUUAGAAAGUGUUAACUUUCUUAUAUUUAAAUUAAGAUUUCAUGCUUCGCUCCAAUAUGUACAGGAUUGAUAACAAGAAAACCGAAAUAAGGCCACAAAAAUAAUCAUACACUUUUUGAUUUGUACCAGCGAACUGUAACAAUCACUUCUAAGGCACAAAAAGGUCCGAAUUGCUUAUCGAUUUAGUAUGUAUUUGUAAUGACGAUCGCGAAUCGAACUGUGUAUACAUUUAUUAUAUAUUUAAGAUUGCAAGUAUUUAAAUUAAAUACCUGACGUAUUAUAAGUUUACUACUAAUGUGUUCAACCAGUAUUUUGUGUAAUAACUGCUUUGUAUUUUCAUGUGAGUAUUUCUUGUUGAAACAAAUAUAAUUACGUGUACUUAAAUUAGACGUGGUUUUAUUGUAUUAGUUACAACUUUAAUACACUGGUUGAAUUCCAUAGAGAAAAAUCUAACUAACAAGUCGAUGCAUUGGCUGUAAAAAAUCGCGCGAUAGUGUUGUGUUUAGUUCAUAUCAAUAUAGCAUUAGUAAGGACAAUUAAUAAAGUUUUACAAUAUU